GUAUCUUUAUGCAUAUCCAUCUAUCAUUUUAAUUACGACAGAAAAACACAAUAUGUAAUAAAUUUAUUUUAGAUAUAUAUUUAUUUCAAGCUUAUAAUCUUUGUAUUGAUAAGCAGUUGCAGGAAGAUUUACAGGGAAAGCAAAACCAAGAAUCACAUAUGCAAAAAGAAUUGGAUAACUUGAAAGAUAUCUUGACUUUUGAGAAGCAAAGCUUAGAAAUGGCUAUUUAUGAUUGUGAUAGAUUCAGUUCGUUGUGCAAUGAAAAAGAUGUAGAGCUUAAGGUUGCCCUAUCAGAGAAGCGAAGCUUAGAAAUGCAACUUCCAAAGUUGAGUUCUCAAGGUUCAAAGAAAACUAUUGCAAAAGAGUUGGUUGACGAAAAUAAUCAGGUUUUUGAAAAGAUCCAUGAAGAACUGAAAGCUCGUUCUAUGUUGCCUGCAAAAGAAACAAAGAAGAAGCUUUUGAGUGAAAAAUCAUCAGUUGAGGCAAAAAUUGUAGAGCUGGAAAAGAAGAAAUCAAGUGAGAUGGACAUGCAUAAUUGAAUCGUUGCUUCAAUACAUGUACAAUUGGAAGAUCGGAAUAUUCAAAAGUUACUAGUAGGAUUAGAAUAUAAUUAAUGACUUGCUUAUUCUUUUUUCUUACAAGUACAAACAUGCAGAAGUAUUUAGUUUUUUGGACUAUCAAUCUUAUAUUGACCUUUGCAAAUUUAUAUAAUUCGUAAUCUAAAUAUUUGUGAAAAAAUUCUAUAAGAAAAGUGUAUUGUGUAUAUAGCAGUUAUUCACAAAUUGUUGCUAAAAGUGUAGAAAAUAUUUGUACAAAAUUUCUAAAAAGAAAAUGUGUAUUAUGUAAGUAGCAACUACUUACAAAU